CGGGACCUUUACCUUUCACGACAUCAUUCAUCAAUUGUUUACCAACGCAAUUUAACACUUGUAUCAUAGUUACAUUGGUACACGAACUAAUGCUGCAUAAAUACUCUUUUAGAGAGAAUUUUAAGAUUUAAAUUAAUUUUGCCACUGGUGGUCAUUUUUUUUUCGUUACAAAACGUAUGCCGUAUGAAACACGAUAAAUUGUUAACUAUAAGAAGUGCAACAUUUUUGUGAUAAAUUGUUUGUCUUAUCACGUUUGUUUUAAGAAAUUUUUCUUUCAGAAUUAUUUAUUUUGGCAAAAUAUUGUCUUGACAGAACCAAUUCAUUCAACAAAUGUUUAAUGUUUUAUCCGGGACUCGUCUGCGGCUUUUACGUAAGAAGGGAGUGCACAAAUUUGGACACCUUCAAAUUGUCACAUGUAAUUGAUUCUGCAGAGUGACAAGCUGAACACAUUAUAAGCGGACAGCUGACUUACCUAACUUAUUUACAUAAAGGUAGUUGGUGACAGCAAACCUUGCUACGUCCUCUUUUGAUAAAUUUCGUUCUUACAUUUCGGAUACUUUUAAUAGCGUUUAUAUUUGAUUGCGAAUAAUAAGUUAUUUUGUACUCAGUAUUUCUUUAAUAUUGCUGAUUUUGAAAUGGAUUUAUAACAUUGUGAUUUUGUGAAUUAUUCCGUGUUUGGAUUCCUAAACAAGAUGACACGAGAAACACCGGAAUGGGUAGAACAUAUGAAAGGCGAUACAAUGCCGAGAAUGUCCACAAAGACUGACGAUGAUUUCUGGAGAACGACUAAUUCUAUGCCGCGUCGUUUCCAUGGUGGAGACUCUGGCGGUGGUUAUCAUCAGGGCUGGAGUCAUAGAAACUAUGACUAUGGAGGCUCCUCCGGGACAUUAGGAAAUAGUCCUAGUGAUUCCAUCAAGUCGACCAAAUCCGCACGUGCAGUGACGGCACGAAAUUGUUGUCUCAUUGUCUUACUGAUAAUUGGUGCAUUUUUGCUGGCUCUCGGCAUUGGAUUACUUGUUUAUUAUCUAUUAUUGGGGUCCCCUGGCUUUGCCAAAUAUCGAAGUACAACUACAGACAACGAGAUGAGAUUACAGAAUGUACCAUAUCAUCCUUCAAUGGCGAAUACAUCAUCAGCAGCAUUUGCUAAUGUUGCUACCCCUUUCUGUGCUGAAAUAGACAAGUAUUUCAAGGACAGUAGUUAUAAAGACGUCUAUGUUGGUUGUAAAGUUAGGGAACUAAAACCAACAAUGGAACCUAUUAUUUGUGAAUGUGCUGGUAUUUGGAACAAAUCCAGCCUCGCCGAGUACAUAGAAGAAGGAGCGGUUAAAGUUCGUUUCAAUUUGACGUUUCGAGGUGACCUUGAUGGACUAAAGCUUGAUAUUCCCAGCAUUAUAGACUCUAAAACAAACAAAAAGGAGGGAAUAGAUUACUUAGCGUUGUUCCUCAAAGAUUUCUUGGUGGAUGUAAGAAGUAAAACAGGAAUUAAACCAUCAACUAGUAGACCUAUCAAUCCAGAAGUUGGUGUUUUGGCCAAUUUGACAAUCUGGGUUUACAAUUUAUCUUACUCGAGUAUACUACGAGACAAAAAGUCUUCACAAUUCCUCCAUCUGGCAAAUCCAUUCUGUGAUGAUAUCGGGUCUAUAAUGCAGAAUAGCAUCCUCAGUAACCGCUACCACAGCUGUGAAGUAUUUGCAUUCGGUACAAAUCCGGACGUGGCGAUAGCGCACGUGAGUUUUACCGGUGAUGAUACAGCGGCAUUACAACGACUUAUAGCAAAGACAAUCAUGGAGGGAGCUAGAACUGUUCUAGUUGAUGGGAAGAGACGUAAAAUGUUAGGGACGCUAUUGAUUACUCCACCAGAGGGAGAUGGUAACAUUGUUGUCGUACCUAUCCCGGUAAAUCCCGGGGUUACCAUCAAACCCACACCCACAGCCACCAUUAGUCCAGAUGGAAAUCCGUACAUUGAUAUGUACCUGUAUAUAUAUAAUUUGACGUACCAACCAGCUCUCAGUGAUAGAAAUUCCGUGCUGUUCAAGGACUACUCACAGCGAUUCUGUAAAGAUUUGGAACGACACAUUAGAAGAAGUUCCUGGAAGGAUUAUUUUUACUCUUGUGAUAUAAUUGGAUUUUAUCCACCAGGUCAAGGAAAACGAUUCUCAUCUCUUCGUGCUUUACUCAAAGUAGCAGAUCCAUUUAUCUACAACCCAGACUCGCUGAAAAAUAUAAUAAUGACAUAUGCACCACUAUAUGAAUUCAUGGACGAUCCAGAUGGACCAUUGAAGACAUAUUUAGUUGGAGAUCUACUCGUUAUUCUGGCGGAUGGUAGUUUUGUAAUGCGCUACACGCCGUAUCAGACGGCCACAUCUUUAUAUCCAUCCACAGACACUUUCACAGCGCCAAUGACGUUUGCAACAGCUUUUACAUCAUACAGUUUUAUUCCUCCAAAAUCUACACCCGGGAUGGUUUGGCCAGUGUCCAGUUCCCUUACUGUGAUAGUUUACAAUUCAACAAACGCCUUUGUGGACGCUCUAUUGUAUGGGUUUGGAUAUACAACCGACUUGGAUGAUAAAACGUCACCUGUGUUCCUGCGUCUACAGUCACGAUUUUGUACUGAUAUUGAAAGAUAUUUCAAAAACAGCAACAUGAGAGAAAUCUACCAAGAUUGCAGGAUAGAGAACUUCAAGCCUUCUCCUCAUGGGCUUGUAUUCAAAUUGACAUUUGCGGCACCACUCGGGGAUUAUCUACGCAAAAAUAUUACAUCAAUUAUAGCAAAUCAAGCUCCACAUGAAUUACUUGGAAACUACGAGCUCCUUGAUAUUGGUGACCUAAGGAUAAUUUGGAAUGAACGUGACGUUAAAGUGUCUGUGACUAACUUUACUGGUGGAGCUACUGAGAUGAUUCGACCAUCUAGAACAAUUGAUGUCCUACCUACAGACACAGGCGUUACUAUAUAUUCUGCAACACUAGCGGACAUCACAUGUCUACUAUACAACAGAUCUCUGCCAUUUUAUCAUGAUGACAGAACAUCGUUCGGGUUUGUCAAACAGCAGGAACAAUUCUGUGAAGAUGUUGCCACCUACUAUGGACAUGGCAAACUAGCGGCAUCUUACAAGAAUUGCUACAUUGUUAGAUUCAGGCGAUCUCCGUCUUCUGUAAACUUCCAUCUUAUAUUCGGAGAGCUUUUGACAGAUACUUUAAAAGCUGCAAUUAUUGAUGAACUAGAAAGACAUGCACCGCGUCAUGUAAUUGACAGGAAAGAAAUGUUUGAAGUUGGAGAUCUGAUGUUAAUAGCUAAGAGUUGUAACGUGUCCUUACACCCGGUCAAUUACACACACACUGAUCCGUCAAUUAUACCUUCAAUCAAACCUACUCAAACCGCUGGAGUAUCACCUUCUUUAAUUUUUAAGUUCUGCUUGGGCAAUCCCUGUCGUAAUGGUGCAACUUGUGUUGAAUCUAUCAACGGAUUUCACUGCCAGUGUCCAGAUGGCUGGACUGGACAUGAUUGUAGCUACGAUAUAAAUGAGUGUAGCGUUAAUCGGUGUAAAAAUGGAGGUAAAUGCGAGAACACUCCUGGAUCAUUCGUUUGCAGAUGUCCCGAUGGCUGGACAGGACAACACUGUGAAUUUGAUAUCAAUGAAUGUGCUGGAGGUAAUCCGUGUCUUUAUGGUGGUAGCUGUCAGAACACAUUGGGUGGUUUCUUCUGUCAAUGUCCACAAGGUCGUACUGGUCAGCUCUGUGAAGAAAACGUGUAUGAAUGUCAAGAGAAAGGUAUUUGUCUAAAUAAUGGAACGUGUGUUGAUACAGCAGGAUCUUACUAUUGCCUCUGCCAAAACGGAUGGACCGGUGACCAUUGUGAAACAAAUAUCAAUGAGUGUCUGGAUAGACCAUGUCAGAAUGGAGCCACAUGCCUGGACAAUUUAGGAUCAUUCACAUGUCAAUGUACACCUCAAUGGAGAGGUCCUUACUGUGAGAGAGAUAUACAUGAAUGUCUUGAGAAGCCAGACAUAUGCAAGAAUGGAGCAAGUUGUUUUAAUUUAGUGGGUGAUUACAUGUGUAGGUGUCUGUCGGGAUGGACAGGUCGUAAUUGUGAAACAGACAUUCGUGAAUGUGACACAAACCCCUGUCAAAACAAUGCAAGGUGUAUUGAAAAGGCAGGAUCAUAUGAAUGUAUCUGUGAGCCAGGAUAUAGCGGGUCAAAUUGUGGAAAAGAUGUUGAUGAAUGUUUUGUAUACAGUCCAUGUAAAAAUGGAGCGACCUGUAUCAAUGAAAUAGGAACCUAUCGUUGUAUAUGUCCGCCUGGUUGGACAGGAGAAAACUGUACCAUGGACAUUGAAGAAUGCUCUAUAAGCCCAUGCCUGAAUGGCGGUACAUGUGAGGAAUUACAAGGAUCCUACAAAUGCUCUUGUCCUCCAGGCUUUACUGGACCAACAUGUGAAACAGAUGUGAACGAAUGUGAACGGUUUCCAUGUGGCAAUGGUGCACGGUGUAUUAAUACUGUUGGAAGUUUCUAUUGUGUUUGUCCACUUGGUUUUACAGGUCCUGACUGUAGACAAGAUCUGGACGAAUGUGGUAAUACAGGUUUCAGCACACCAUGUCAGAAUAAUGGCACAUGUAUGAACUCUUACGGCUCUUAUUAUUGUGUGUGUAGAGACGGUUGGACCGGAGUUAACUGCACUGUUGAUUUCAAUGAGUGCUCCUUCCAGCCAUGUGGAAAUGGAGGAACAUGUGUAAACACUCCAGGCUCUUACUAUUGUAACUGUCCUGUUGGUUUCACUGGCAAAGACUGUGGAACAGACAUAAAUGAGUGUCAAAGUGUAAAUCCCUGUCUUAAUAAUGGAACAUGUGUGAACACAGUGGGACUGUAUUAUUGUCGAUGCCAAGAUGGAUGGUCUGGUGAUAACUGCGGGACAUUUGUUGAUAUAUGUAAGACUAUUUCAUGUGAUAAUGGAGGAACAUGUUUAGGUUUACCUAACCAGUUGUGUGAAUGUACUAGAGGAUGGUCAGGAACAUAUUGUAGAAUUGAUAUAAAUGAAUGUCUGGUAAAUGCACCAUGUAAGAAUGGAGGUUCAUGUAUCAAUAUAGCUGGAGGAUAUGAAUGUUUGUGUAAACCAGGAUGGAAAGGACCAAAUUGUGAUACAUUGAGUCAGGAUUGUCUAACACAGCCAUGUAAGAAUGGUGCUACAUGUAUUGAUGGUAGUGAUGGUAAAUACAUCUGUAAAUGUGCUCCAGGCUGGACCGGACCAGCAUGUACUGAAGAUAAAAAUGAGUGCACAGAUUUUGUGGAGGCAUGUGAAUAUGGAGGGACAUGUGUAAACCGAAUAGGAGGAUUUGAGUGUAUAUGUCCACGAGGAAGAACUGGCCCUACAUGUUCAGAUGAUGAAGAUGAAUGUGUGUUAUAUCGGCCAUGUGGAAAUGGUGCCACAUGUGUAAAUACUGAUGGUUCAUAUCAGUGUUUUUGUGCAGAUGGGUGGACAGGACAAAAUUGUACUGAGGAUGUAGACGAGUGUUUGUUAGAUAUAUGUACCAAUGGAGGACGAUGUGAGAACUUGUAUGGUUCUUAUAAAUGUUAUUGUACACCUAACUGGACUGGACCUAACUGUCGCAGAAAUGUGAAUGAGUGUAAUAUUUACAUGCCGUGUAGACAUGGUGGUACUUGUAUAGAUAGUCCUGGCUCCUAUACUUGUAGGUGUCCUGCAGGAUGGACUGGCGCUAAUUGCACUAUUGAUUAUAAUGAAUGUAUUGAUAUUGUUGACCCUUGUCUAAAUGGAGGAACAUGUGAGAACAAGAAUGGUUCAUACAGCUGUAUUUGUCCAAAUGGAUGGACUGGUUCUUAUUGUGGAAAAGAUGUUGAUGAGUGUAUGAACCCAACAAUGUGUAAAUUUGGAGGUACCUGUAUCAAUCUACCUGGCUCCUAUAGGUGUCAGUGUCCACCUGGAAGAACAGGCAAAAAUUGUGAAACUGAUGUGAAUGAGUGUGAUUUUAACCGUUGUAUGCAUAAUGCCACAUGUGAAAAUACAGCCGGAUCUUUUAUAUGUGAAUGUCUGCAAGGCUUUGAGGGACAGUAUUGUGAAAAAAAUAUAGAUGAAUGUAUGUUAUACAGUCCAUGUUUACAUGCUGAAAGAUGUAUAGAUAUGUAUGGUACUUACAUCUGUGAAUGUAAACUUGGAUGGACUGGCAAAAACUGUGAUAAAGAUGUAGAUGAGUGUUCAAUAGCACUUGAGCCUGGAGUACCAUGUUUUAAUGGCGGUACAUGUACAAAUACUUUAGGAUCUUAUAGAUGUACAUGUAAGCCAGGUUGGACUGGUCAGAACUGUGAAGUUGAUGAGAAUGAAUGUAAUCGUAAUCCAUGUAGAAAUGGUGGUAAUUGUGUGAACUUGGAUGGUUCAUACCAGUGCCAGUGUCCACCUGAAUGGACUGGUAAAGAUUGUUUGACUGAUGUUGAUGAAUGUACACUAUAUUCACCUUGUCUUAAUGGUGGUACAUGUACAAAUAUUGCUGGUGGUUAUAUCUGUCGUUGUCCCGAACAAUGGCAAGGAGAUGACUGCCAGUUUGAUGUGGAUGAAUGUCUCAACAUUAACCCAUGUAGUAAUGGAGGUACAUGUAUCAACAUCAGGGGAGACUUCCAAUGUUUAUGUCCACCACAGUGGACUGGGGAAAAAUGCACAAUUGAUUUUAAUGAAUGUGAAAUGACAAAUCCAUGUCUACAUGGUGGUACAUGUACUAAUACUGUUGGUGGAUACAGAUGUUUCUGUCUGCCUGUAUGGACUGGAGAUAUAUGUGAAUUAGAUGUAAAUGAGUGUGAACAAACACCAUCUAUAUGUCACAAUGGUGGAACCUGCUUUAAUUCUUAUGGUGGUUUUAUAUGUCGCUGUCCGCCUGAAUGGACUGGACCUACUUGUCAAGAAGAUCCAGAUGAAUGUGUAGAUAUAAAACCAUGUCACAAUGGUGCUACAUGUAUAAACCAAGCUGGUGGAUAUGUGUGUCAAUGUCCUCCUGGCUGGACAGGCAAAGACUGUAAUAUAGAUGUCAAUGAGUGUUUACAAUCUCCAUGUGCUAAUGGUGGAAUAUGUUUGAACAGUUUUGGGUCAUUUACGUGUGACUGUCCUUCUCAAUGGAGAGGUCCACUCUGCAAAAAUGAUACAAAUGAAUGUCAGUUGAAUCCAUUUAUAUGUCUUCAUGAUGGUGUAUGUAUAAAUACUGAAGGUGGAUACAGAUGUGAUUGUGCUCAGGGCUGGGGAGGCAAACAUUGUGAAGAAGACAAGAAUCCAUGUUUAAGAAUACAGUGUGUAAAUGGUGGUACCUGUGCAGAAUCUCUUACACAGACUGGGCUCUUCAACUGUAUAUGUCCACAUGGUUGGUCCGGAGACAAAUGUCAAUAUGAUGUGAAUGAAUGUUUGGAGUCAAACCCAUGUAAGAAUGGUGGAACAUGCACAAAUUUGAUUGGUUCCUUUUAUUGUCGAUGUCCAGAUGGUUUUGAAGGAGAAACAUGUGAAAUAGAUCGAAAUGAAUGCCUGAAGAACCCAUGUCAGAAUGGAGCUACAUGUGUUAACACAAUAGGUUCAUACUAUUGUGAGUGCAUUGAUGGUUGGGAAGGUACACAUUGUGCUUUAGAUCGUAAAGAGUGUACAAUGAUGACUAACCCAUGUAAUGGUCAUGGCAUGUGUAUUGAGUUAGCAGGUUCCUUUAGGUGUGAAUGUGAUAAAGGAUGGACUGGACCUCAUUGUAAAGAAGAUAAGGAUGAAUGUUUGCAAGUCACAUGUCUACAUGGAGGAACUUGUAAGAACAUACCUGGUGAUUUCUUUUGUGAAUGUACAUCAGCUUGGACAGGGAAAUAUUGCGAGAAUGAUGUCAAUGAAUGCCUUAAGAUAGAGUGUUUGAAUAAUGCUACAUGUGUGAACAGGGCAGGUACCUACCUGUGUGAAUGUAUGCCAGGAUAUACAGGAGAAUUUUGUGGUGAAGAUGUUGAUGAAUGUUUGAAAUUGCCUUGCUUUAACAAUGGUACAUGUGUGAAUACUAAAGGAUCAUUUACUUGUUUGUGUCCUUCUGGAUUUGAAGGCGAAUUUUGUCAAAGAAAUGUGAAUGAAUGCUUGAGAAACCCAUGUAAGAAUGGUGGAACUUGCAUUGACCUGAUUGGUUCCUAUGAAUGUUUAUGCCCAGAUCAAUGGUCAGGACCAAACUGUGACAAUGAUACAGAUGAAUGCUUUAGUAACCCUUGUAGCCAUGGUGCCACAUGCAGAAAUAUUCCAGGUGGAUUUAUAUGUGACUGUACAGAAGGAUGGACUGGUCCCACCUGUAAAAUUGAUGACAAUGAAUGCAGUCGUGGCCCUUGUUUAAAUGGUGCUAGAUGUGAGAACACUCUUGGAUCAUUCCAGUGCAUUUGUGCUGAGGGAUGGAUGGGUGUACUAUGUGAUGAAGAUAUCAAUGAAUGUCUCUAUCCACUCCCUGUUUGUAAAAAUGGUGGUACAUGUCAGAAUACAUAUGGAUCAUAUAGAUGUAUAUGUCCACCAGCUUGGACAGGAAAAGAUUGUACAGCUGAUUUUAAUGAGUGUUCUAGAAUAGAAUGUCUACAUGGAGGGUUCUGUAUGAACUUAAAUGGCUCCUACAAGUGUGAUUGUCCACCAGAAUGGACCGGAGAUAUAUGUCAAAAAGAUGUUAAUGAAUGCCUUAUGGCAGAUGCAUGUCUAAAUGGUGGUACAUGUAGAAACUUUGUUGGUUCGUAUCGCUGUGACUGUCCGGAUGGUUGGUUUGGUGAUAAAUGUGAACUUGAUAGGGAUGAAUGUCUACAAAAUCCUUGUUAUAAUGGAGGUUCUUGUACAAACACAGUUGGUUCGUUUAGCUGUAGAUGUGCAGCUGGAUGGACUGGACCCACAUGUCUCAUAGAUGUUAAUGAAUGUUUGGACACGCCAUGUCUGAAUGGUGGCACAUGUGACAAUACACAGGGAUCAUACAUCUGUAGAUGUCCAAAGGGUUAUAGUGGACCAAAUUGUGAAAAUGACAUGAAUGAAUGUGAAUUUGGUCCAUGUUUGUAUGGUGGUACCUGUAUCAACACAGUUGGUUCAUUUUACUGUGAAUGUCCACCAGGAAGAUCAGGCACUGAUUGUAGAAACGAUACAAAUGAAUGUGAACAAAAUCCCUGUCUACACGAUGGUACAUGUUUUAACACAGAUGGGUCAUACAGGUGUCAAUGUAAUGAAUUUUGGGAAGGCCAAGACUGCCAGAAAGACCGAAAUGAAUGCAUGGAACUGAUGUGUAUGAAUGGUGGAACUUGUAACAAUCUGAUCGGUGGUUUUGAGUGUGUUGAUUGUAAUCCAGGCUGGGUUGGACAGAUCUGUGAAAUAGAUAUCAAUGAGUGUUUAAAUGUGACGAAUCCAUGUCUACAUGACGGGAAAUGUAUCAAUACAAAAGGUUCAUUUAUAUGUCAAUGUAUGACUGGCUGGAGAGGCAACAUAUGUGAUAUUGAUGAGAAUGAGUGUUUGAUGUAUCCAUGCCAGCAUGGUUCAACAUGUAACAAUCUACCUGGAACAUACGAGUGUAUUUGUGCUGAUGGCUGGGAAGGCGAUAACUGUCAGAUAGAUAUCAAUGAGUGUCAACUAUUUGCACCAUGUUUAAACAAUGGUAUAUGUUAUAAUGGAGCAGGAACAUACUCUUGUCAAUGUCAGGCAGGAUGGACUGGUAGAAAUUGUGAAAUUGAUAUAAAUGAAUGUCUUCAACAGCCAUGUCAGAAUGGUGGUACAUGCUUUAAUACAGAUGGUUCGUUCACAUGUAAUUGUACAGCAGGAUGGACUGGUUCUACCUGUGCUAUGGAUGUUAAUGAAUGUAAUGUUUUACAGUGUGCCAAUGGAGGCACCUGUAUUAAUACACCAGGAUCAUAUACAUGUAUUUGUGAUAUAGGCUGGACUGGGGAACUGUGUGGAAUAGACAUAGAUGAGUGUCUCUCAGUCACAUGUUUAAAUGAAGGUACAUGUAUAAAUGAGAUAGGCGCAUUCCGUUGUGAGUGUCCACCAGGUUUCCGUGGAGACACUUGUGGAAUAGAUAUUAAUGAAUGUUCGGAAUAUUUCGGUAUAUGUCAGAAUGGUGGGCAAUGUUUUAAUUCCAUUGGAAGCUAUACUUGUCAAUGUGCAACUGGAUGGACAGGACAAAACUGCACUGAAGAUAUAAAUGAAUGUCUUCAGAAUCCAUGUUUAAAUGAUGGAACCUGUACCAAUACAUUAGGUUCAUAUACAUGUCAAUGUACACCCCAAUGGAUUGGUCCACGUUGUGAAAUAGACUACAAUGAAUGUCAGGACCUUUCUAUAUGCGCCAAUGGUGGUCAGUGUAUUAAUACAGAGGGAGGUUAUACAUGUAGAUGUCCAACAGGAUGGACAGGGCAAAAUUGUUUAAUAGAUAUCAAUGAAUGUAUACCAGACAAUCCAUGUCUAAAUAGUGGAAUUUGUAAAAACCUGCAAGGCUCAUAUGAAUGUGUUUGUCCACCAGGAUUUACUGGCAUAAAUUGUGAAUCUGAUAUAAAUGAGUGUUUUAACAAUCCCUGUAAGUUUGGUGGUACUUGUAUCAACACUGUAGGCUCCUAUUUUUGUAACUGUCUACCAGGGAGAUCAGGACCAAAUUGUGAUGGAGAUUAUGAUGAAUGUGUGCAAAAUCCUUGCAUCAAUGGUGGAACAUGUUAUAAUAAUGAAGGUUCUUAUACAUGCUACUGUCCAGCAGGCUGGACCGGCCCUAAUUGUGAGAUAGAUAUAGAUGAAUGUUUAACAAAUCCUUGUUUAAAUGGUGCUACAUGUAUUAACAAUGCUGGCUCAUACACAUGUCGUUGUCCUGUGGGAUAUACAGGGAAAAACUGUGAAACAGAUGUGGAUGAAUGUUUGACAAACCCAUGUCUUUAUGGUGCCUCGUGUUUUAAUACACCUGGAUCUUAUGUGUGUCAGUGUAUUGCUGGUCGUACUGGUGUAAACUGUGAACGAGAUGUGGAUGAAUGUUUAGAGCAGGGUAUAUGUAAGAAUGGAGGUACAUGUAUAAACACACAGGGAUCAUAUCUAUGUAACUGUCCCCAACAAUGGACUGGUACACAUUGUGAAAAUGAUGUGAAUGAAUGUAUUAUGGGUCUGUCUCGAUGUGAGAAUGGUGCUACCUGUAUCAACACAAUAGGAGGAUAUGAAUGUAUAUGUCCACCAGGUUAUACUGGACAAUUAUGUACAGCAGACAUCAAUGAGUGUGCUGUGAACCCAUGUUUGAAUGGUGGAAGCUGUAUUAAUAAUUUUGGAUCCUAUGUCUGUAUAUGUCUUCCUGACUAUACAGGACCAAAUUGUGAGAAUGGAAUACAAACUGCAUUCAAAAUUUCAUUCCCAACACUGAACCUAACAUAUACUCCAGACCUUGCUUUCAACACAUCGUCCAAGUUCCAAAGGCAUGCAAUGCUGUUUUGUAAAGACAUAAAUGAGAUGAUGUCAACUCAUAGAAGUAGAUUCCCAGAUUAUGCUGACUGCGUGGUGACAGCUUUCAAAAAUAACCCAACACGUAUGGAGUGGGACAUCAAAUUUAAGGGUAAUGUACCUCCAGGAACUGUAGAAAAUGCCAAAGGGCUCAUAUAUGAGUCAUUUCCAAGGCGUGUUUACGGUGACGCAUUGGGUCUUGAGGUUGGAGACAUCCUUUUCUUCCUAGACAAUUACACAACAACAAGUUUAAAACUAAGCAAGGAAUUACUGAAUUUCUCAAGAACACCUGACUUUAAUAAUCCGGAAAGUUUUACAUUCAAGCAGAAUGAGCAGCUCUUCUGUUCUGAUGUGGAUGCUUUGAUGAGGGCAAAUCCAGACAAGUUUCCAAGUUACAUUGAAUGCACUGUGGAUUCUUUCCCUGGAAGUCCUGAUAGAGUUAAUUUUGACUUAAAAUUUGAAGGGGACCUAAAUCCUGACAAGCUACAGACAGAUUUUAACAACAUAUUGUACAAAGAUUUACCUAAGAUACGCUAUGAUAGGUGGCUUGGCUAUAAUCUUGGUGAUCUCCUCAUCUACUAUCAGAACUUUUCAGAGUUCACAGAAGUACCUCUCAAGUUUCGUGUCCUCAAUCUGACCUGGAGCUCAGACCUUUCCAGCGAGUUUUCACCCCGAUAUCGGCUACAUGCAGAACGCUUUUGUAAUGAUAUUGACAAGCUGCUGAAUGCAAGGAAAGAUUUAUUCCCUACAUAUGAAAAGUGUAAAGUUGUGGAAUUUGGCAAUAAUCCUGUAACCAUUGAGGUCAUGCUUGAAUUUACUGGACGUCUCUCUGUUCCUGAAAUGCAGCAGCUGGUUGCCACAGUGAUAUUUGAGGACACUCCAAGAUACAGAUACAAUGAGGCUGUUGGGCAUUUGAUUGGUGACCUGCUUGUUUAUUACGCUGAUUUGUUACUAUACCAGGAUAACAUACCCUUUGAUGCCUGGCUGACCAAUUUACUAGAAAAACUAUGGGUUACCAUGGAGAAUGAGAAAUUUCUUUGGAACAGGAGUCCCCAAAAAUUUAAAGGGUUCUCUGGUGUGGAUCUAGAUGUGAUGCUUGAUAUAAAAUACCUCAUUAUGAUAAGACUAGUAUAUAGAAAUAGAUGUAGAUACAUGAUAAACUUGUUCUCCCUACUAGACAACAGAUACAGUAAACCAGAUAAUAUGUAA